AUGCAGCGACUCUCAAAAGUGAACUCCGCCUUAGGUCUUGCUGUCUCAAAAGUGGCGACCAUCAGAGAUAAAAAAAAAAAAAUCACGUCAAGUUCACAAAUAGCUACUCUGAUAUCCUCACGGAUGACUCGCCAUCGAAGUGAGGCAGGCUAGAAUGCCAUAAUGGAGAACGUGGAGCAACUGUUGAGCAUGUGGUUCAAAGACCAGAGCCAGCUAAAUGUGCCUCUCAGUGUCAGCAUCAUUCAGGAGAAGGCUGAGUUUGAUAACUUACAGCGUCAAGAAAGCGAAAGCUCUCAAGUGGAAAAGUUUAGUACAAGUAAAUGGUGGUUUGUGAGGUUCAAGGAGCACCACUGUUUGCUCCACUUCAAUGCAGCUCCCAGCAACAAGGACAUGUAUCCAGAAGUGCUAAAAAAAAAAACAGAAAAACAAAAAAACAAAACAAAAAAAUAGUAUCAUCAAAGAAGAUAAGUACAACCUCUAGCAAGUUUUUAAUGAGACAGGGCUUAUUGAAAGAGGAUGCCUGAAAGAAAUUUUAUGUCCACAGAAGAGGAAGCUGAACCAGGGUUGAAGUCAUCCAAAAUUCACUUGAUGGAAAUGCUGCUGGGAAUGUUGAAGCCCUUACUGGUGUACCACUCAUAAACCCCCAAGGCUCCAAAAAGGUACUCAAAGUCCAAUUUACCUGUGACUUGGAGCUUAAACAAGAAACCUUGGGCCACCAGAGGCAUCUUUUAUGAACGGUUCACAUAGUUUUUUUGCCCUGCCGUUGAAAAAUACUGUGCAUAAACCAGGUGCUGGUGGUUCAUGCCUGUAAACCUAGCUAGUUAGGAGGCAGAGAUGAGG